GGUGUAGUUCGGACGUGUAACCGGUUCACACGCGGCAAACAGAUACACACGCGGUAAUUCCGUAUAGCUCGCCUAUUGAAACAACAUUGGUAUUACCACGUCUUAAAGUACGUUUUCCAGUGUAUGUGUGGAUGAUUUUCAGUGAUUUAAUUAUGAGAUUAGCAGAUAUGGACUGACUAUCAAACAAUGAAAAUGACUGAACGCGGAGUGACGUAAAGAUAACAGUGAAAGUUGAAUGUUAUAUUUUAUUAGUCAGUGAAGUGUUAGUGCGUUGGAACCAAUCAAUAUGUGGAAGAUUAGUGUAAUGUUUUCUGUUUCAAUAGUGAUUACUCUGAUGUGGCUAGCGGGUACGCGGGCGCAACCGAGCACAGACACGGGAAUAGCGCAAUCUCACCAGACGACUGUAUCAAAUGUGACCAACAAGUAUGCUUGGAGUAGCUGGGGCUCAUGGGGAGUCUGCUCCAAGACGUGUGGAGGAGGAGUUGCGGUCCAAGAACGACAAUGUCUGCCCAGAGACCCUACCAGAUGGCGUCGUAGCAGAAAGAGAAGAAAACUAUUGAGGAGUACAGACCGCCUCCGCCGUUCCCGCGAUGUAGGGAAUAACCCACACUGUUCUGGGCUGGCGCGGCGAUAUCACGAAUGUAAUACUGAUCCAUGCCCGGGGCCCCUGCGGGACUCCAGAGCUGAGCAAUGUGCGGCGUUUGACCGAAGACCAUUCCGGGGACGAUUCUACACUUGGGUGCCAUAUGUUGACGGUAACUCUCCCUGCACGCUGAACUGUCGACCGCGCGGUCAGCAGUUCUACGCGUCACUGGCACUGGUCGGAGACGGGACACCAUGCACUAGGCCCGGGUUCAGAGCCAUCUGUGUGCAAGGAGCUUGUAAGGUCGUUGGGCGCGAGGGAGUGCUGGCUUCCACCGCAACGCGGGAUAUGCAUUGCGGAAGACGACUGGUUUCUGGUCUGUUCUCCCGACCUCGACUCCCACUUGGCUAUUCUUAUGUCACAACCGUGCCCAAUGGGGCCUGCCGUUUGAACGUCACCGAAAUUGUCUCCAGCGAAAAUUAUAUUGCUUUGAGAGUUUUAAACGGUUCAUAUAUUGUGAAUGGAGAUUUUGCUGUUAGUGCUCCGGGCUCGUACGAAGCCGCUGGAGCAAGGUUCAUAUAUUCUCGCUCGGGUGAAUUAGACAAUAUAUUUGCUAUGGGACCUAUACAUCAAGCGAUCGACAUUAUGGUUCUUUAUACACAACCUCGUCCAAAUAUUAAAUAUGAAUACCUUACUGAUUCAUUGCCAGAUGAAAACAGUAAUGAUAUUCCGACUGAAACUAGUCCAAUUGUACAUCAUACAAUGCAAAGACACCAUCGUCAUCAUAAUGCUGAGUCACAUACUCGAGCUAUAGAAAAAUCAGAGCCUAAACUGUCUCGAUAUCCUGAUCACAAAUCAAAUGAAGCCCGAUAUCAAAAUGAGCUAGAGAGCAAUGUAAUUGGUGAUAGAGAAUUUAUUUGGAAAAUUAUAUCCUACACGCAAUGUUCAAGAACGUGUGGCGGCGGCCUUCAGAUUGGUAAAUUCAAAUGUGUUGAAAUAGGAGGCAAAGUUGAUAGAGAAGUAUCUCCCGCUCAUUGUACUGGUUCUCCGCCUUCUGCAAAGCGGAGAAGAUGUGGAGCGAUACCAUGUCCGCCUCGUUGGAGAGCAGCUGCUUGGGGUCCAUGUCCUGUUUGUGGACCAGCCCAUAGGACUAGGAUAGUUGGAUGUGUACAAGACCAUGCUAGGGGUAUUACAAAGAUAAGUGACCAGAAAUGUCCCCUUCCUAUGCCUCCAAAUAGCGAACCAUGCGAUAUUCCGAACUGUGAUGGCUCUGCGAUCUCAAAUACACCUCGACUCGAUGCAAGACGACAAGUUCGACCGAAAGACCAUACGGAAACAUUCCGCGAAGGACCAAUAAUAUCUCUAGCGACAAAUGUAUCGGAUAAUGACGUCAGUCCUUCGUCGGGACCAUCAUACACCUUCACGGGAGCCGGUGGAUGGUUAUACACAGAAUGGUCAGAGUGUGUGGGGUGGUGUGUCGGCGGCGGCGUCCAGAGCCGCGGGGUGCGCUGCGCGGAGCCGGCCGGCUGUGAGGGCCGCCGGCCGCCGCGACACUCACAGGCGUGUGCCGUCAGGACGCAGUGUGACUCGAGCGCUCAGUGGUUUACUGGUGACUGGUCUGCAUGCUCAGCACCUUGCAGUGGUCGACAGAUUCGUGGUGUAGUUUGCAUCAGCGGAAACGGCAGACGACUUCGUGAUGCAUCAUGCAGAGCUCCCAAGCCUGACACCGAGAAAGCAUGUGGGGGUACCUGUGCACCCUCCUGGUACCUGAGUGACUGGAGUGAAUGCACGGGCCCCUGUGAAGCUGGUAUUCAAACCAGGACCGUGUGGUGCGCCAAGGACGGCGUCGAUGGAGCUGAAGGUGCAGCCAGAGACUCUGAGUGUCCAGGAGUCAGACCUGCCGCCAGACGAUCUUGUGUUCCACCAAGAUGUACCUCUCGACCCGUUGUCAACCCACCAACUGUUAUCAACAAUGUUUCAAAUGAUUCUCAGCAACGUGUCACAAGGCACCAAAGUCCGAAAAUUCAAAACGUUAAGCAAAGAACAUUGAAUGACGGUCCGUGCGUGGACAAGCUGACCAACUGCCAGCUGGCUGUUCAAGCGAGACUGUGUCACUACCACUACUACGGAGGCAACUGUUGCCAUUCCUGCCGUGGACGAUAAUUUCCCUAAAUUAUGGGUGCCGCUUCAUGAAGACAGGAAAGGCUCACUCAUUGUUAUGUGGUACUUGUCAUUCGAACAUUUGUAGUGUAGUGGUUGAUGUGGUCAGUGCUUCACCCAGUAAUAAUAUAAUUCACUCGGUAAAUCAUUACAACUUUCAUUAAGAUGGUUGAACAUAGUAAAUACAAGUAGAAUUGCUAAUAACUUCAAUUGGGACCGCUUGACAAAUGAGUCAAUGUUAUAUAAUACAGUGACUAAAUGUAAAACAAAAGUAAAAAAGUAUCACUUGAUGCUAAUUCUAGAUAAGAUGUAUUCUUGAAUUAUAUUUAAAAUCUUGGUGAAGGAAUUAUCACGUCUUUGAACCCCGUAGGUAUUAUAUUUAAAUUGCGAUUUAUAAUUAAUUAUAAAGAUAAUGAUUAUGAAAUAACACAUGCGAAUAAACUUUACGAUGAAAUAAAGAGUGACAAGAA